CUAGCUUAGUAUCCAAGGGUCCAUGACGAUAACACUCCAAGUGCCUCUCAUCCCGCCUUGCCCAGGCCCUUCACACCGAAUUUCCCUACUGAACAUACUCUCACAAUGAGCAUGGCCUGCGAGACAUGUAGAACCCAGGCCCGGACCCUCCUCCGGGCUGCAAUGCGAGCCGGCGCAUCACGAGCCGCUGCACCGACGACAAGGAAUUUCCUUCCACCCGCUGCGGUUGUUACUCGACGACAUUUCAGCAACACGAGCUCGAGAAGCCUCCUAAAGGGUAUUGGAAAGUCUAUGGCCGAGCCGUAUCGUGUGUUGGGUGCGACGGAGCAGCUUUUCAAGGCUUCAGCGAAGGCGGCGGACUAUCAUAUCACUGAGAAGGAGAGAAAGGAUGAUCAGGUGCAGCUUGCGGAGGAUGGUGAAGAGAUUGGGCAUUCUCUGAACCCUGAUAGUCCCUGGCAUCACACCUUUAAACUUCCUCCAACCUUCAGCACCUGGUCCCACGUAACCAUGCUUCACCUCUACCUAAUCAAUACCCGAAUACGCUGCUUCGACCGCGAGGGCUUCCAAAACUGGCAGCACCAGCUCACAGACCACUUUUUCUUCGAAUGCGAGAAGAAGAUGCACAUCGACCACCACAUCACAUCGAGCGCCCUCCGCCAGCGAUACCUCAAGGACAUUUUCGUUCAGUGGCGUGGUCUCCUGCUAGCAUACGACGAGGGUUUUAUCAAGGGCGAUGCGAUGCUAGCAAGCGCCAUCUGGCGAAACCUGUUCAAGGGUUCUGCUGAUGCAGAUCCUAGAGCUCUUCUCGCUAUCGUGGGCUGGAUGAGGUCGACACUGUUGCAGUUCGAGGCUGUUUCGGACAAUAACCUUGCUGCGCAAUUACCAGCGAUUAUGGCCAAGCCGGUGGAUGUGUUCUGGACGAGAUUGGAGAAGCAACUUGGCGGACAGCAGGAGGAUAGUCUUCCUGCUAAGGAGGUGAACGAGGAGCAUGUAUCAACAAAGGAGACAGUCAAGGUUUCAGCGAACUAGAAUGCGGAAGGAAUAUUUGUACUAUCAGAUGGAUGUAUGGGUUACAUGACAAAAAAAUAGAACGGGCAGGCUGUAUGAAUAGGGCACUGGACGAAGGGAUUUUCCUAGGCAUGGCGGUUGUAUAUGAAUGAUUCCCUGAUGAUAUUCCACCUCAUAUAUAUGUUCUUUUGUUGUGAUUGUAUUUGUAUAGCCUAGUUAACUAAGCACGCUUCUCCCACAUUUGAAACUCA